AUGAUUACCGCUUCCAGACACCUUGUUUACUCCAGCUUCAAACUCGACGCCACCUUGGGAAAGCACUGUUUGCUUAACCUCGAUUCGUCUCCUUCUCACGGAUUUCCCCGAAACCUCACACUCUUCCGUCCGAACAGCGUUCAUCUGGCCGAGAACCGACGUCGCGACCUGGACAAGACCAAAACGAUCCUCGCGACACCCGCAGUCAAAAUGCUCGGCACACUCCUCGUAAUCUGCGCGCUGCUCACUCCCAGCGCACUCACCUACCCCUAUCUCAACGUCACCGCUGCCCCCGAGCAGCCACCAUUUGCCCCCAACAUCAGCACCACUUGCCGAAUCUACUAUCCCGAACUCCGCGUCAUGAACUCGCAGUACCCCAGCUACGACGAUUCUCCUCUGCACGGCGCGACAGACUUCUUCAUGCUGCUUCGCCAACGCGCGGACACCUUCCAAAUCGCCACACGGGUUCAAUUCACCGGCAUCUCACUCGGCCCGGACGCUUCCUGCAGCCUUGUGUUGCAGCUCGCCGCCCACGAUCUCCAGAAAGUCCUCGGACCCAGUCCGGUAUUCAACGUCUAUCAGGUCGAGCGGGAGGCCGGCUCCGCAGCUAUGUGGGAUACGUACGAGGCGAGGAACUUCACGGAGACGCUACCGAUGUUUGGGCAGGUAAAUGGUACGGAGCCGGCGCGGUAUAUGCAGUGGAAGUACCAUGGUGGACUGUAUCAGAUUGGGAACGCGAAGUGCAAUGAUACGUUGACGUUCCAGAUGGGCAUGGCGUUCGACGGGGGCGAUCAGGUCAACUACUGGGACUUUACGAAUGUGGCGCCACCUGAGACACCGGUUCAGGGGUUCAGACUUAUGGCUGGCUGCUGA